AUGCUCUACACUGUCUACAGUGCAGACUAUCCAUUUUUGUUUGACGAAGUCGUUGGCGAAAAUGACGUUAGGGAAACCUUUGCUCGUCGCAUCGAGGGCAACAAGACGCAAUUCUUUGGAUUUAUUAUGGUUGAUUUGAAGGCGACACAAGAAGUUUAUGAACGCCAUCCCGACAUUCCGCCAAUUUUUGCGCGAGUAAAGCUCGAAGCUGGAGACUGCCAAGGACACAUUGAUCGCAUCAUCCCACCCGAUGUCAAGAAGCGAAUGUUUCCCAAGGAAGACAACAUCUUUUGUUACAACAAGGAAAACUACUUGUGCACGAGCGAUAUGCUCGCCUAUUUGAUUGACCAAGGCUACGAGUAUGAAAUAAAGUACUUUGUCAACUACUACCGAGGUGCGCCAUUUGCCAACUUUGUCAACAAAAUGGUCAAGGAGCGAAUCGAGUGCGAGAAAAAGGGCGACGACGCUGGUUCAAACAUGUACAAGCUCUUUUUGAACUCGUUUGUUGGAAAAUUUGCCCAAGCAAAUCAUCGCUUUGCAAAUACAAAAAUUGUCGGUGCUGAUCGUCUCCGCGAGUGCUUUGAAAGCUCAAUGUUCAAAGCUUAUAAGCCGAUUCGCGUCGAGGAUGUGGCAAUGGACCCGCUUCAUGAAGUUGUCAUGCGCAAGUCGACCGUUAUUGAGAAUUUGGCACUUCAUAUCCAGGUUGCAAUUCAUCAAAACUCGAAGCUGCAUUUAUUGCAGUUCAAGGACAUAAUCAAGGAUUUCAUGAUUCCUGGAACUGUGAAAUUUUGCUACUGCGAUACAGACUCGCUGGCUUAUGCUCGAACAAGACCAACUCUGAAAGCGUGCGUCAAGCCGCACUUGGUGAAAAUGUGGGAGAAAGCUGUCGAGCCGCAAUGGUUUGCCGGGCAAUCGGUGGAAAGUCAAAAGGAGCCAGGGCUGCUGAAAGAAGAGGCAUCGAUCCAAUCGGGCUGGUUUAUAACACUUUCCCCAAGUGUUAUGCAUUGUGCCCAAAAGAGCCCUGCGAGCUGGAGAAGCAAAUUGUCGACCCAAAGAAUGAGCAUCGAACGCUGGAAAUUUUGCAAACCUUUGCCGAAAGACGGAGCCCGUACGGGAGCCCAAAAUUACAAAAAGUCGACCAAGGGAUGCAAGACCAAGAUUCAGCUUUCGUUUUACGAGUUUCUGUGCGCUGUAUUUGGAAUCGAUUAUUACCAGCGAGUGACGCGAGAUGUGGCCCAGUUUAUGUGGAAUCGAAAGCGCGACAGAAUGGAAACGGUGACAACAACACGCAAGGUCAUUAAUCCAAUACUGACAAAGCGACUGAUUUUGGCGGACAAGCAAAAUGAUUACGAGUUGUCGCCAGAAGAGCUCGAGUGGUAUUAUCCUGCGUCGCGAAACAUUAUCAAUUGGGAGAGUGAAAGUGACAAUCUUGGAGAAGGAACAAUAGCGGACAUUAAAUUUCUCAACGAGCUUAUACCCAACAACAACAAGGCGAGCGCUUAUCCCAAUCCCGAGGAAUAUUUUGAGCCCAUUGAAGAAGAGUGUUUGUAUGCGCUGGAUUCUCCAUUGCAAUAUGCGCCCAUUUACUUUAUUCGAGAUCAUUGGGACCAUCACAAAAUGUCAUUUGCCGGAGACAGAUGGAAACGCUACUACGAGUUGUGCAAUCGCUACAGCAUCACUUUGCUCAACACGUGGGACAUUCAAGAGACGGUGCGGAAAAUUGCCUACAAUCUCAAUGGGCUGCUGCGUGUUCAAGUCGACGCCUUUUACACGACAAUAAGUUCUAGAAGACUGCGCGAUCGACAGGGAAACUUGCAGGAAAUGAGCCCCAAGGUGAGGAUCGUAUAUCCCAACACCUGGGGCUCAGUAAACGACACCGAACUGCUCGUCACUCCCAACGACAUUGACCAACUCGUGAGCGAACUUGAGCCCGACGCCUUCAAGAACAAGCUCCUGAUCAACACGUUUCAGCGGCGCAACGUGUUUCAAGACUCGAACGUUCGCCUCCAUCGCCUCCUCGCUUACCAAGUCAUGGUAUACACGUUUCCGCCUUCGUGGAUACAUUCCUAG